GCCCAAGCGGGGCUCCCCGGGGUUGGGGGGCGGCAGGCAGGUGGGAGAGGCGCUUUUUCUAGCUCUGCUCCUCGCCGGCUCUGUCCCCCGCUGGCCGGUCCCGGUCGGAGGCAGGCGCCCGAGCCAUGCAGCUGCAGUUCAAGAGCUGGAUGUUGGCUCUGCUCACCCUGCUUGUCAUCUUUCUCAUCUUCGCAGAUAUUUCGGAGGUCGAAGAAGAAAUCGGGAAUUCUGGAGGCAGAGGUACAAUCAGAUCAGCUGUGAACAGCUUACAUAGCAAAUCUAAUAGAGUCGAAGUUGUAAUAAAUGGCUCUUCAUCUCCAGCUGUUGUUGACAGAAGUAAUGAAAGUGCAAAGCACAACAUUAAACCAGCCCCAUCCACAUGGAGACACAACCAGACCCUGUCUUUGAAGAUCAGGAAGCAAAUCUUGAAGUUCCUAGAUGCCGAAAAAGACAUAUCAGUUCUCAAGGGGACCCUGAAACCUGGAGACAUCAUCCACUAUAUCUUUGAUCGAGCUAGCACCAUGAAUGUGUCACAAAACCUAUAUGAACUCCUGCCCAGAACUUCUCCCCUGAAGAACAAACAUUUCAGGACCUGUGCCAUUGUGGGAAACUCUGGGAUCCUGUUGAACAGUGGCUGUGGACGGGAGAUAGACACUCACAGCUUUGUAAUAAGGUGCAACCUGGCACCUGUCCAGGAAUAUGCCCAGGAUGUGGGGAUCAAGACUGACCUGGUGACCAUGAACCCUUCUGUCAUCCAGAGGGCCUUUGAGGACUUGGUCAAUGAGACCUGGAGGGAAAAACUUCUUCAACGCCUGCACAGCCUCAAUGGCAGCAUCCUGUGGAUUCCUGCAUUUAUGGCCAAGGGUGGCAAGGAGAGGGUAGAGUGGGUGAAUGAGCUCAUCUUGAAGCACCACGUCAAUGUGCGAACAGCCUACCCUUCAUUGCGCCUGCUACACGCUGUCCGAGGAUACUGGCUGACAAACAAAGUACACAUCAAAAGACCCACCACAGGACUGCUGAUGUAUACUCUGGCCACACGUUUUUGUAACACCAUCUACCUCUAUGGCUUUUGGCCCUUUCCUCGAGAUCAGAAUCAGAACCCUGUCAAGUAUCACUAUUAUGACAGCCUUAAAUAUGGCUAUACAUCCCAAGCCAGCCCCCAUACCAUGCCCUUGGAGUUUAAAGCCCUAAAGACUUUGCACCAACAGGGGGCUUUGAAACUGACCGUUGGUGAGUGUGAUGGAGCUACGUAAAGUGGGGAUCAAUGAGGAUUCCGUGGCUCACAUUUCCAGCAGGCUACACCACGGGCAGAUGGGGGUCGGGAGGAAAAAACAAUAGAAUGAGCAGAGGCUAGUGGUUUUCUUUGUUAAAGUGUAAAACAGUGACAAGAGUAUAUAUACCUGCAUAUAUAUAUUGACCUGAAUAUUAUAACUGUGUGGUGUUCAUCUAGAGUAUGGCAGACAAGUUGCAGGAAGAAGGUGCUGAGGACUCACCCAAUCUGAAGACACCAUGUUUGAGAGUGAGAAGAUUGGACUCAAAAGGAAAUUAAUUCCAGCACUGAAUAUGUAAUAGUCUCAUCAGCUGAAGAAUUCUGGGGGCUGACGGAUGAAUGCUAAGCCAUUCAUUUUCAGCUGCUCUGAGUCUCUGAGAAAAGUGGAUUCUGGGUGACCCAGAACCUAGAGGUUAGCAGCUGGGCUUAGUGUUAAAAAUGUUACUGUUCAAGAAAAGUGGGGAAGGGAUGGGGGGGUUGCUCAACAGAAAAGUGGAGCAAGAAACCAAGAAGCACAGGUUGGGGCAUGUUAGCGGAUGGCCUUGGUCUACUCGCUCUAAGUGAAUUGUCCAGGAGACAUGCUCAUGGCCCAUCAAUGUGUUCCUGAUUGGGACACUUUUAAAGCUCAUAAAUCAAACUGAAAAAACCAGCGAUGGACUUUGGCUUUUUAGUUGAUGAAACCAUGAUGCCAGCAUGGACACCACUGAUGGCUGACGCAGAGGGGAAAAAAAAAGGUGACCCUGAAAAUACUGACCAUUCAAACCAGAUUGACACUUGUUUACAAAAAAUGAAAAAAAAUCUGAAGUGGUCAGAGCCACACUUGGGGCAAAGACAGAAGAGUUGCAAACAAUGCUUAGCCUUUUGUAGAUGUUCUUUGGGGUGGCAAAAAGAGAAAAGCCAUGGGAUUUAGGGAGGAAGAGAAGGAAUUACACACCUAAAUGUGGUAUUGAGGGUAAGAGAAAGGAUAAUAUAAUCUGACCUCGUACCAGUCAAAGUCACCUUUUAAGUCUCUUUCUUGCUCCUCAAGGGUUAGCCCACCUUCCUUCUUGUUAAAAUAUAAAGUCAGAGAUUGGACUGAAAGCUGCCACAGCAAUGAAAUCCAAAGCCAAGACUUGAAAGGGCAUUGUCGAGAUAAAUGUCAUCAUGAUAAAAUAUAUAAGAUUGCCUUCCCUCACUGCGCACAAAGCCCCAGAGUGUGAAAUCUGAAAGAAUUUUAGACAUUCAGUUUCACUUCUCAGCACCAACACUGUUCUGCAUCUCACUCCGUCUGGUCAAAGAAACCCGUCUGCUCAGUUUCAGUGUAACUUUCUUGUCAGUUUCCUGUCCUGAUUGUCAGGUGGUAUAUCUUGACUCUCUUGUUUAGCUUUCUGACUCUGCAAGGAGAGAUUUAAAUUUUCCCUUCUCUUCCCCUCUCCCCCACCAAUGGAUUCGAUUAUUUUAGGAUUUUGUGAAAUUAGACUUGUUCCUACUAAGGUUUUGUAUAUUCGUUCCUUUUUGUAAAGCUAACUAUAGGAUGCAAACCACUGGACAUAACAUCCCAGGGAAAUGUGAACUGAGAACCAACAAGUCACUUAAGAGUUGGAAUCCUGGGCCACAGUUAGAAAUGGAUACCGCAUAUGGGGCAUGAGCUGUCUUGAUUUGAUUGCUGUAUUAUCUCUCUGAUUAAUAAUUAUGUUUUAAGAUAUAUUUUGAAGUUAUGUGAAAAAAACAGUAUCUUGAAGGGAGUUGAGAAAAGAAAUCAAGAUCUUCUUCUGAACAUAUGAGACUAGGCAUAAUUAAUCAAUAAAAUUCAGGAUGGGACUCCAGAUUAGAUAGUAGUUGGAAGCUAACAGAAAGAUGAUCCUAAAUCAUUAAUCCAGGACAAAAUACCCCUCCCCCAGGAUAAGGCAGUGAUUGCUACUAUAAAUUGUUUUGUUCUUUGUAUUAUUGUUCUAGAUUUUAGAUUUUUAGUUUUCAUCAUGAGAUGAAAAUUUUAAAAGCAACAGCCGCUAGCUUCAGUGAGAAGUGAAUGAUACAGACUCCUUAGAGGAAGUAGAAAUAAUUGCCAUCACAUCUUACACUUCUCUAGAGCCUUUCAUCUUGAAGAUCUCAAAGGGUUUUAGGAACAUUUCAUUUUCAAGGUUCACAAUGCCCAAGACAAAGCAGGUAAGUGACAUUGCCAGCAUUUUCUAGUUGCAUUAACUCAAACACAAAGGAUUUUGGUGAUUAACCCCAAAGCAAACAAAGAAAAUCAGGAGCAAAAUCAGGAAAGGGACCCAGCAGCCCAGAAUUCCAGCCUCAUGUUCUAGCUAAUAGAUACAAUGGAAAAGAUUCUUGAAAUCCAAAUUGCUUACUUGAAUUUUUGUGGGUGUCUAUGAUAGUUUGGGCUCCUUAAAAUGAAAUUAGCAGUCGUUGUAUGCAGAUAUAACUUAAGCUGCUAAUUUUUCCUUUUCCUCCCUAUGGCAAAGAAUAACUAGAUUGGCCUCUUCCUGAGGGAAGGUCAGUUUUGGUGAAAUGUAAUAUUAGAGAAGUAGAAAGCUGUUGAAAAUCUGCCUUCAUCUUGAAAAGGGUUAGAAAAAUAAGGUCAAUUUUGCUGAUUCUUUUACUGGCUAAAUGCAUUAUGCAACAACAAUGACUCCAAAGACUGUUCCUUUUUCAUCUGGUCACCAAGACUUAAAGGAAAUAGACAAUAAGAUCUUGUUUAAUUGGCUUGUUUGAUUAAAUCAUAAUAAUAACGAAGUCUGGAGUCAUGGAGAUAAGUUAGCUUUGAUAUAUGAUAUGGGGGAGGUUGGGGUAGGAGUGUAAUGAUAACAAUAGCUCACAUUUUUUAUAGCACUUUACAAUCACAAAGCACUUUACCCACGUAAAUUCAUCUGUUUCUUACAGGAACCCUGUGAGAUAGGUAAACCAUGUGAGCACUGAAAAUCUUUGAUUCUUAGCCCUGUCUGUGGCCUUGGUUAAAUGAUGACCUCUCUGAACCUCAGUUUCCUUAUUUGUGAAAUGAGGAUCACACUUUCAAGUCCUAUCUCCUGGGACUUUUUUAAGAAAAGCAUUUUGUAACAGUGUAAAUCAAUAUACAAAUGAGCCAUUUUUAUCAUCCUUUAAGAGGAAUUGGAGAUUCAGAUAGGUCACCUUGCCCAAGGUUACAUCAUUAUUCUAAGUAUCAGACCCAAGGGCUAGUACUAAGAUCUUCUGACUCCAAACCCAGUAUUCUUUCUACUACUACAUUAUGUUGCUUUCAUAAGCUUACCUUGGCCAACUAUAUUUCAGGCAUGUUGGUGACAGGGGAAUCAUCUAGAGAGAGUAAGAAGUGGUAAUGAUCAUAACAUUUUCUUAGCACUUUAUAAUUUAUUAAUAGAACAUAUUCACCUAUAGAUUAUCACAAAAAUUCCCUUUAACUCUAAAAUUCUAUGAAUCCAUUAUUCUAACUCAAUUUUAUUUGAACUUCAUGAUAACCCCCUAUUUUUAUAAUAGCUUUUUAUUUUUCAAAAUACAAAGAUAUUUUCAAUAUUCAUCCUUGCAAAAUCUUGCGUUCCAAAUUUUUCUCCCUCUCCACCCCCCCUCUCUCCUAGACAGCAGUAAUCUAAUACAGGUUAAACAUGUGCAAAUCUUCUAAACAUAUUUUUUGCAUUUAUCAUGUUGCACAAGAAAAAUUGGAUCAAAGGGGGGGGGGAAUGAGAAAGAAAAAAACAAGCUAACAAAAAAUUUACAAAAAUGAAAAUACUAUGCUGUGAUCCACACUCAGUGCCCACAGUCCUCCUCUCUCUGGGUGCAGAUGGUUCUUUCCAUCACAAAUCUAUUGUAAUUUCCCUGAAUCACCUCAUUGUUGAAAAGAGCUGCAUCCAUCAGAGAGAAACUCCCUAUUUUAGAGAUGAGGAAACUCAGGCUCAAAAUGAUUUGCCUGAAGUCAGACAGCAAGCACAUGGCAGAGUUGGGUCUAGAAUUUAAAAUCUUCUGAUUCCUAGUCUUUUACUCUUUCUAUUAUAAUAUUUAGAAUAAUCAAUGCAUAAA